CCUUUGGCUCAGGACCUCCUCCACCCAUCCCCGGAGGAGGAAAAGAGUAAGCACAAGAAGUGCCUGAUGCAGAGCCCCAACUCCUACUUCAUGGAUGUGAAGUGUCCAGGAUGCUACAAAAUCACCACCAUCUUUAGCCAUGCACAAACAGUAGUUUUGUGUUUUGGCUUCUCCACUGUCCUUUGCCAGUGUAUAGGAGGAAAAGCAAGGCUUACAGAAGGAUGCUCCUUCAGAUGGAAGCAAAACUAA